CCCAGACAGACCAAGCGAGGAAAAUAUAAAGUUGGUUGCCUGUGUCGAGUCCGUCCAGCCACAUCCGCCGGCGGCGAUGUCUCCGUCAGCCGAUCCCGCAGCGCCGGCGUCCACCUCGGCGCCCCCGCUCGCGCCCCUCGUCGCCGCGCAGCUCAGCUACCUACUCUCGCACUCCAAGCUUCCCAUCAGGGUGGGACAGAUCUGGUCCGGCUGCCGCAACGGCCGCCACUCCGAUCGAUUCACGCUCUCCAUCCCCUUCUGCCUCGACUACGUCCACUGGGAUUUCGUGUAUAAUGCCUUGUCUCCCAAGGUGGCGCCCGACGUGGUGUUCGGGCCGGAAGACGAGGGGUUCCAGCCGCUGAUUGAUUACGCCGACGCUGGAAAUGACAAGAGCUGCUUGGCACGCUGGGAUUACCGCGAUCCCAGUGGACUCUUUGCUCUCGUGCAUGAGCUCCGGGAAUUGUACAUUGAAUACCACAAGAAGCAGGUUGACAAGGUGGAUGAUGCAAGGGUGACGUUUGAAUUAAGUACAGUUCUCUCUAAGGAGGGGAUUGAAGUCUGCAUGGUACCUUCCGCUGAUAGGCCAGACGAGGUGAAAUUUGCUGUACCACUUUUGGACGUCGACUUUGACUUCAACAAACUGGUGCCAGGCUGUCCUUGGAGAUUACCUCAAAAGAUCCAUCUACAGGUCAUUUUUCCAAUCAGUAGAAGUUCAAGUUACUCUUCUGUUCCUUCUGCUCCACGACUCAAACUAAUCUCAACACCGGAUUUGAAAUCACUUUUCUCAGUUGAGGAUGUGAAACUCCCUCCAUGGUCAAAUGGGAUGUGUUUGGCGGAGUAUCUUCCUGCCUUAGAAGAAAGUCUUAACCUGCUGGUUGUUGAGGCAUCAGCUUCAAUUGGUGCCAGAAGACGUUUUAUCGAGGCACUGGUUCCUACCUUUGGGAGACCAAUAGAGGCUGAUCCGAUCUUUUGCAGGAGGGCUACAGUGCUUUCCAUUUCAGGAGUUUUCACAUUUCUGGUACACUUUGCCAUCCCCCUUCAGUUCCCAAAGCAACAACCUAUCCUCACAUUGCAGAGUUCUCAGCACUGUAAUGCCGAUGGGGCACCUAUUACAUCACCCCCAAUAAAUGAUUAUCCCUGGAGUCCUAGAUGGGAUCAGGCAGAAAUGGUUGAACGAAUCUAUGACUUCCUGGCCGAUGAGUGCCAAAAUUUCAAGAAGUACUGCAGCGACGUUCUCACUCAGCACAAGUAGCUGUCGUCACUCAGCAGCAGAAGCAUUCGUGGUCAUUUUCUCAAGAACAAGCAUCCUUGCGCUUAGCAACCUGAACGCGUGUCUACUUGUGCACUGCAACAGUCAGAUUGACCUCGGUGCUGCUAUGCGUAUUCACUGCUUUCUUUGUCAGAACAUUAUUUUCAUGUGAUGCGGGAAGUUGAAAGAGGCAAUCUCGAUGGGCGGAACCCCCAUAGUCAGUUUUCAAAAAAAAAAAAACCCAUAGGCGUAGGGCGCUUCUGUUCUGCAGGCAUUAUGUGUACACUAAAGCAAAGCGUGACAGCGCUGUAGUUGAUUGUUUGGGAUGAAUGCAAUCCAGUCCUUUGGACAUUGUAAAUAUAGAAUGAGAUCUCUGCAUCCAUCGCGGUCUCCCUUGUAAAAUAUGCUGCCAAACCUUUUCUCCGGGUGGUGUUGAGAAAUUGUACUGGUUUCCCAUAACCAUGAGCA